AUGCCGCCUGCGAAUCUGCACGCCCUGCGCACUCUCUGCAGAGCACGGCCCCUGACUAGUUCCCCGCGCAGCUGUAGGACCCGUCGCCAAACAGCUUCCAAAGCUGCCUUCCCCCCCCGCAGCUUUCCCGCGUGGUUCGUCCGCGGCGGCACGUCCAACGGCCUCGUCAUCCGCCGCCAUGACCUGCCCCCGGAAGACCAGUGGCCUUCGGUCCUCCCCUCCGCCAUGGGAUCCCCCGACCCCGGCUCCGGGCGCCAGCUGAACGGCAUGGGCUCCGGGCUGUCGUCCACGUCCAAGGUGGUCGUCCUCGGCCCGCCGUCACGCGCCGACGUCGACGUCGACUUCACCUUUGUGCAGGUCGGGAUCCGCGACGGCGUGCUCGACAAGGCCGGCAACUGCGGCAACAUGUCGUCCGUCGUCGGCCCCGCGGCCUGGGACCAAGGGCUCGUCGGCCCCGAGACGGCGACCGUCGAGACGGACCUCGGGGGCCGCCGGUGGGCCACGGUGCGGAUAUUCAACACCAACACCUCCAAGGUCAUGGUCUCGCGCUUCAGGGUGUCCGGGGAACCGGCCAGGUACGCCCCCGAGGGCGAGUACGCCGUGGACGGCGUGCCGGGCACGGGCUCCGUCAUCACCAUGAGCUUCGUGGACCCGGCCGGCGCCAAGACGGGCAGAGCGCUGCCGACCGGCGCGCCCGUCGACACUCUGGAGCUGCCGGGCGGGAGCCGGGUGCGGGCGUCGCUGGUGGACGUGGGCAACCCGGGCGUUUUCGUGUCUACCCGCGGCCUCGGGCUCGACCGGGCGGCCUCUUCGGCGCUCACACCCGCCGCCAUUGAAGCAGACGCCGCGUUGAAGGCGCGGCUGGAGGAGAUUCGGCGCGCCGGGACGGCCAAAAUGGGCCUUGACCCCGACGUUGAAAGCGUGCCCAAGAUCGUCCUCCUCUUCCCCGGGGGCGAUACCCCGGACGGCGUCGACAUUCGAUGCGUCGCCAUGUCCAUGGGCCAGGCGCACAGGGCCGUGCCGUUGACCUUGGCUCUCUGCCUCGGGGCGUCGGCGCGGAUUCCGGGCACUCUUGCUGCGGACUUGGUUGCCGCGAGACCGGGCGGCAUAAGAGACGACGCCGUGACGAUUGCGCACCCCAGCGGCAAGCUGGACGUGGGCACCGAGGUCAAGGACGGCAACAUCUUGUCGGCCAAGUUGUUGCGCACGGCGAGGGUCCUGAUGAAGGGCGACGUGUACUACUAG